AUGGCACAGGGAUGGUUGGCCGCAUUCUCUUCGCCUGGAUGAAGGGAAGCCGACUUGACUGUGACGCUAAAAGAUGGAGGCUGUUUGCUGACGUGUUGAAUGAUGUGGCCAUCUUUAUGGAGAUCUUAGCUCCGGUUUUCCCAUCAUGCUUCACUCUGACUGUGUGUGUGGCCGGAGUCUUCAAGUGCAUUGUGGGAGUGGCUGGCGGGGCGACACGUGCUGCGCUUACUGUGCACCAGGCCAGACGGGACAACAUGGCUGAUGUUUGUGCCAAGGAUGGCAGCCAGGAGACCCUGGUGAAUCUGGCAGGACUGCUCCUCAGUCUCCUGGUGGUACCUCUUGUGUCGGACAGUGUAUGGGUCACCUACCUGCUCUUCCUCCUCCUCACCACCCUUCACCUUUAUGCAAAUUACCGAGCUGUCCGUUCCAUUGUGAUGGAAACACUCAACCAAUCACGGCUCAGCAUUGUACUGGAACACUUUCUGCGGGACGGACGGAUUCUGACUCCAGCUGAAGCGAAUCGCAGGGAACCGCUUCUACCAG